UCCAACUCUCGAGUCGUACACAACCACUCGCUCUACUAACUCAUCCAACAUGGCUGUCACUGGCAACAAGAAGACUUCGGUUUUCAGCAUCCACAGUCUGAAGAAGGCUAUCAAGAAGCUUAUCAAGAAGACUCGUCCUGCCAAGGAGGAGAAGAAGGCCGCCGAGGAGGUCGUCCGGGUGGACUUCGAGGCCGAGAUCGAGGAUAACCUGGCCAACGAGGCCCUGGAAGCCCGCCUCCUCCAGAUGAUCGAGGCUUCCCCCGCCACCCUCGACCUCAACCUGAGCGUCAAGGGCUCCCUCAUGGUGAAGGCCGCCCCCGACUUCGAGAUCCAAUUCGGAACCUUCUGGACCACCGAAGACGACAAGAGCUGGACGCUGUGCAAGGACCUCUUCGCCACCAGCGCCUCCCCCCGCCCCGCCAACACGGCCUAGGGUCACCAGCCUCUCCCUCACCGACCUACUGCUGUGAUGUGUCUGCCCUGUGAUAGGGGCGUGUACAAGUGCCGUGAUGUGAUAAUACGAGUGCCACCCGGGGGGGAAGGAGAGGAACGUCGCCGUCAGCCUCGACUUGAGCUAAGCCGCUGAGGACCUUACGCCUCCUACAAGAGACGCCGCCUCCCCCACCCCCCGGAGGACGCCGCAGGACCUGCCAAUCCUUCGCUCGAGUUCCUGCUCCGUCGCCUGUGAUAGGAUAGGACUACAAGAACUUAUCCCAAGCCGUGUCUCCCGACCUGGCAGAGCUGUGAUACCCUGGAGGAAAGCGCCGCCUUUUCGCCUGUCUUCUGUGAUACUACUUCUAAGGAAUAAUUUAUUCAUCAAAUAAAAACAAAAUGAAUUUA